AUGGUUGAUAAACAGGGCUAUAAUAUACCGCAUUAUUCGACGCCAACACGCCGCGUAGAUGGUAAUAAGGUACGCAACAUGAAAAGCACAAACAAGGUGAAAAACCCUGCAGCUAUAAAUGCUAUGUCCUCGGAAAGCCACAUAUUAUCUAACCCAGUUUUCUGCCAGAACUGCGAAGUAAACUUCAUAGAUGUCGAUGAAUACGAGAAACACACCAAAAACAAAUGUAUAAGAAAACAUAUUUGCACAUAUUGCAAUGCAUCAUUUCAAAGAAACGAUCAUUUGAAACGUCACAUAGUAAGCGUACAUUCAAAUACUAAAUGCAAUAUAUGUCCAUUGUGUAACGAAGAUUGCAAGAACUACGAUUUGUUAUUAAAACAUGUAAAAGUCCAUCCCAAUGAAUCUGUGUGCCACUGUCAUGAAUGCGGGCAAGAAUUCAAGUCGUUACACGAGCUUGUCGUUCACAAAUUGACUCACGUAUGGCCAGAGUGUCACGUAUGUUCAUACUGCAGUAAGGUGUUUAAACGUCGUGAUCAUAUGUUGAGGCAUAUACAGACAUUGCAUUUACAACAGCAUACUGCAUGUCCGAUUUGUAGUCAAAAGUUUAAAAGGAAGGAUCACACAUUAAGGCAUAUUAGAGAGAAGCAUAGAAUGGCUAUACCUAAUGGUGGAUUGAAGGAGUUUCAAGAAAAGUUGAUGUCUGUAUCGCAAUGA